AUGUUUGAUUUAGAUCGUAUCAUAUCAUUACUCCGGCAGGGACGCCAUAUCGCGGAAGAAACGGUUUAUACCCUUUGUCUGCUGUCACAAGAACUACUAAUGAAUGAGUCUAAUGUAACUCACGUAAAUACUCCAGUAACGAUAUGUGGGGAUAUCCAUGGUCAACUACAUGACUUAUUGACUCUCUUCGAAAAAAGUGGAGGUAUUGAAAAGAGUCGAUACAUCUUUUUAGGUGAUUUUGUCGAUAGAGGAUUCUAUUCAUUAGAGUCAUUCUUACUACUACUGUGCUAUAAGCUGAGAUACCCUGACCGUAUAACUUUAAUCAGAGGUAACCACGAAACCAGACAAAUUACCAAAGUAUAUGGAUUCUAUGAUGAAAUUAUGAGAAAAUAUGGUAAUAGUAACGUUUGGAGGUACUGCUGUGAAGUAUUUGACUAUCUGUCAUUAGGUGCUAUCGUAAAUCAAAGCGUAUUCUGUGUUCAUGGGGGUCUUUCGCCCGAUGUGAUGACAAUCGAUGAAAUUAGAAGUGUCGAUAGAAAGCAAGAAGUUCCACAUGAAGGUGCUAUGUGUGAUUUAUUAUGGAGUGAUCCCGAUGAUGUCGAUACAUGGUCACUAUCACCAAGAGGAGCAGGUUUCCUAUUUGGUGGUCAACAAGUUCAAGAGUUUCUGUCGAGAAAUGGUGUCGAUCUUAUUGCAAGAGCUCAUCAAUUAGUUAUGGAAGGCUACAAAGAGAUGUUCGACAACGGCCUUGUAACCGUUUGGUCAGCUCCCAACUACUGCUAUAGGUGCGGUAAUGUAGCUGCAGUCCUUAGAAUCGAUGAUGAUCUGUCCAGAUCUUACACCAUAUUUGAAGCUGUUCAACCUCAAAACGAUGUGGGUAAUACGAUACUGCCGACAAGGAAACCACAGAUGGAUUAUUUCUUGUAA